UCGUCAUUUAGCCCCACCCACCUACAUUCUGUCACCUUUGACUGGGGAAAAAUGGCGUCGAGUGUUAUACGGUGCUCCUUGAAACAUGUCACCAGGAAUGCUGGCAUACUGGGGCGUAAUAACGGUUCGAAAACAUCAUAUCUAAAUAGAACGACACCAACGCGAAGUGCCGUUUCGUCGUCCUCGGGGGCAAUCCUACCGAAACCGGAUAAAACGGCGUUUGGUCUUAUCCGCAUGACUGCGGUGGUGGUGCCUUUCCUCUACGUGGGAACUCUGAUAAGCAAGAACUUUGCUGCCCUCUUGGAGGAGCAUGACAUCUUCGUCCCUGAAGAUGAUGACGAUGAUGACUGAAGUGACCGCAUCAAACGCCUAUCUUGUGUACCUUCAUGUAACCUGUGCCCAUAUUGUGUCAGCAUGACAGUAACACAUUGCAACCUGCCCUUAUUGUUUUUUUUAUUUCCAUAUAUAGAGUUUAUUGUUGAGUUGAAUAUCAGAUGGUCAAAGGAGGAAUGAGGUGUUUGUGCUUCCAGAUAUUCCAGAUAUCCCCAGAUUUGCAUAUCUCCUACCUCUGUCUUAUGCCAUUUAUCUAUAUCAACAAAACAUAUUUUAACAAAUCCAUAUCAAGUGAGGCUUGCAUAAUGAAAACACCUCACUCUUAUUUGCAUGUUGUCAACUCAAAGUGAGUCAAUAAAAUGCGUCUAAAGGGG